CGCCGCUGAAAUUGAAAAUGGAUAAGUCGAAUAAUGCACCACUUUGUAGUAGAAUUUAUCCGUAUUAUGUACUGUUGAUUUUAAUGUUAGUGUAUUUAACGAAUCAAUUGGAUCGAUAUGUCCUUGUACCUACAAAUAUUGCAAUGUCAAAUGACUUGAAGUAUGGAGAUAGAAUAUGUGAAGCCACAAAUGGAACCAGUACAAAAAUAUGGCUUGCCAACCACGCUAUUAACUCGACAGCGGAUAACUAUUGCAAGAAUAAUGAGCAUCUUUGUGAUGAACAGACAAAGAGUAACUGGAAUGAGACAUUGUGCAGUUGGUAUUACCUUGGCACAGGCAUAGAGUACCAGUUACUGGCAGGCCCAUUGUUUAUCAUCCUUUUCAGCCUAAGUGGGGUCCCUCUAGGAGUCAUUGCUGAAGUGAGCAGCGCAAAUCGUAAGAAUUUGUUGACAUUGAUUAUUUUCCUAUGGAGUUGCAUGACGAUUCUCAGUGGACUCGCCCAAACUUACUGGCACGUCGCUUUAACUCGUCUUCUCAUUGGGGUUUUCCAAGCCGGUUGUACACCAUUCUCUGCAAGUAUCAUAUCAGAUUACUUUUCUUCUACACAGCGAGGAUUUGCUUUGGGUUUCUACAAUUGGGGGAUUUACAUCGGCUACAGCAUGUCAUUUCUAAUGAACAUUACAACACGUUUGGUGGGCUGGCGACCUGUGUACAUAAUUGCAGGUGCUCCGGGGAUCGUUAUCUCAAUAGUCGUAUUUUUCACUGUAAAGGAACCAGAGAGACAUGGAAUGACAGCUGCAUCAAAGCUUGAGGACACAGCCCAGGAUAAAUCCAGUGCAAAUGUAGACCAGUCUGUUGCCAUGGCAUCUAAUGCAUCCAAGUUUAAAGAGGCUUUAAGGACAUUCACCAAUCCUGUGCUGUUAUUCCUCUGCCUAGGUGGCGCUAUCAGAAAUGGUGGGGGCUACGUUUGGUCAUACAAUAUCAACAACUUCUUCACAUACUAUCAUCCUGGCACAAGAGUUGAGAUGUAUAUGUCUUGGAUUCCUAUUGUGUUUGGUGCCAUUGGAGCAAUAGGUGGCGGUUACAUCUCGGACAAGUUGCUACGGCAACGGGGAUUGAGUGCCCGACUUUUAGUCCUCAUUUGUAGCCAGAUUCUUGCUGCUCCUUUCCAAGUAGGGACCUUAUUCCUGGAUCCCCCAUGGGCGUUCAUCUCCCAGAUACCAGCAUAUAUAUUCGGUGAAAUGUGGAUCGGUGUCUGCUUAGCUGUGGUGGUAGAUUUAGUUCCAUACAAUCUACGUGCAUCAGCAGUAGCUCUUUAUGUCUUCAUAAUAAGCGCAAUAGGUGGAAACAUGAACAUAUUUGUUUCUCCAAUAUCCGAGGUGCUUGAUUUACGCAUAGCUCUAUUGAUAACUUUCCCAGGAUUAUAUGUUCUUGGAGCAGCAUUUUUUCUAUUGACGUUGAUAAUUAUGAAAGUGUGUAAGAAACGACUUCCCAAUCACGACGAUCUGGAUGAGUAUACACCAUUGCUUCAGGAAAAAAAAUAUCGAAACGGUUCCGUCAGAAGGGCGUGAUAGCAAAUUAGCAUAUAGUUACAUUCCGUCAGAAGGGCGUGAUAGCAAAUUAGCAUAAAGUUACAUAUUGCUCUAUGAAAGUGGACAUGCCCACAUACUGUACAUUAACAAUAUUCAUUUGAUCAAGCCAGUCAGUACUAUGUAGCCCAUUUGACAAUUGCCAAAGGAUUUUUUACCAGUUUUUUAAAGUUUUUCCAGGGGGCAGUCAACAGAAAAUUCAUAGUUAAUAAUUUCUAAAUCAGGUGUUGCAACUAUGAUAUGUAAAAUUUUGAUGCUUUGACAUUCAACAUUUGGCAUUUGGCCAUCAGCAUUUGGCAUCUGUAUCAAAU